ACACAAUUCAAUAAACUAUCUUAUCAUCUCAGAGUAUGUCUUGUAUCGAAAUGUGAAACAAAUUCAAUUUGAGCCAUUCAGUCUUCCAUAAAACUUCGAAAUUGUCGGUUCUCGCAAUGAAAAUACUGUGUGUAAUAGCCGCAGUUGUCGCUUCGACAUCAGCACUCACCCUGAACUGCGAAUUUAGAGACGUUAAUUGGCUUGCGAUCGGACCGAAUUACCAGUGUUACAGCGAAGCCUUUGACGUUGACUCAACGCAGACAGUGACGGCUGUGUCAGGAAACCAUGUAGAGAAUAAAACUGCUGAGGAUGUCUACUCGAUUCACGUCGACAACUGUACCAAUCUGUCCUACAUUCCGAAAGGGCUCUUGGCCGUAUUUCCAAAUCUUCGGGGAAUUUAUUUAGAAGGUUGUGCGGUAGCGUCGCUCAACGGAACUGAAUUGGAUGAAUAUCCUCGGUUAACGGUAUUCGCGGUGGAGUUUAGUCCGCUUGGUUAUGUUCCGGGAGAUCUGUUUGCACACACUCCGGAUAUGGUGCUCAUAAGCUUCGCCGAAAAUAACAUAACCGAAGUCGGCAGAAAUUUGUUGGACGGUCUAAACGAUCUAUCACAAGUCUACUUUGAGCACAAUAUUUGCAUUGACCAUAAUGCCCCAACACCUGAAGAAAUUCCAGGUUUAAUUGCAGUGUUGGAAGCUGACUGUUCGAGUGAGACUACGGAUACUACAACAGAUACGACUACGGAUACUGCUACAGAUACGACUACGGAUAUUACUACUACUACUACUACAGAUGCGACGACGACCGUGAGUUCUAGUGCGAAUGAAAGACUAAAGUCUGCUGUUUUAUUGUGUUUGUUAUGCAGUGGUUUUGUAUGUAUCCGAAAAUAUUUUUUGAUCAAUUAAAGUGUUUCAUUAUAAGCCAAGGACCUGCAGUUUUCGUACAUAUCUCUUUGAAUCAUCUAAAUGAAUUCUGUCUUAUUCAUUCAAUAGAAAA